AUGGUUUCGCUGACUUACACAUUGACACUGACAAACAAAGGUGUACAAAUUGUGUAUUUGUAUAUCCUAAAUAUUUUCACUGCCAUUGAUUUGUCAAGCAACCGAUUUGAAGGAGAGAUUCCAGAAUCUAUUGGGAUUCUCAAGUGUCUUCACAUGCUAAAUCUUUCUAACAACAAUCUCAUUGGUCAGAUUCCAUCUUCGUUGGGGAAUCUAACAGAGAUUGAAUCCUUUGACAUUUCUAAAAACAAGCUCUCAGGAGAGAUACCUGAGCAAUUAACCCAUCUCACGUUCCUUGAAUUCUUCAAUGUCUCUUUUAAUCAUCUCAGAGGGCCGAUUCCACGAGAGAGGCAAUUCAAUACAUUUCCAAACAAUUCCUAUGAGGGGAAUUUGGGAUUGUGUGGAGACCCUUUGCCGAACAAAUGUGACAACUCAUACGCGUUGCUGCCACCACCACUACUUUCGAACUUCAAACAAGAUGGUGAUCAUUCAUGGCUUACAAUUGAUAAAAGUGAUUGGAUUGUGAUAUGCAUGGGUUAUGGUGGUGGGUUAGUAGUUGGGUUGAUCAUUGGGCACUCUCUUGUCGCAAGACUUUUCCACUGGAGGAGGUACAUCAAGGAAAUGAAGAAUUUCAGCUCCAGCAUGGAGUUUCCACCAGCUAUCAGCUCUUCCACUUCUGUGCAUCAACUCUGCCAUGACAAUGAGAGUUCUGCCUUGAUGCAAUUCAAGCAAAGCCUUUUUAUAAGAAAGUAUGCUUCUCGCAAUCCUUCUGCCUACCCAAAAGUGGCGUGGAAUCCUGAAAGCAAUAGUACUGAUUGCUGCUCAUGGGAUGGCGUUACAUGCAAUGCACACACCGGCCAUGUGAUUGGCCUUGACCUUAGCAGCAGCUAUCUCUAUGGUUCUAUCAACUCAACCAGCAGUCUCUUCCACCUUGUUCACCUUCAAAGACUCAACCUCGCGGACAAUUACUUCAAUCACUCCCUUAUCCCGUCUGCUGUUGGACGCCUUUCAAGGUUAACUUAUCUCAACCUCUCAUUUUCCUCUUUCUCUGGCCAAAUCCCAUUGGAAAUUUCAAAACUAACCACAUUGGCUUCCCUUGAUCUCUCAGUAAAUCCAUUGAAACUCCAAAACCCCAGCCUAGCAAGUUUGGUUCAAAACUUGACAGCCUUAAAAGAACUUCACCUCUUCGAGGUGAACAUAUCUUCUGCAGUACCCAAUAUCUUAACAAAAUUUUCUUCUUUAAAAUCUCUAAGUCUUGGAUAUUGUGGAUUACAUGGUGAAUUUCCUGUAGGCAUUUUUAAGCUACCAAACUUGCAGGAACUUGGCUUGUGGUACAAUCAAAAGCUCAGUGGAUAUUUGCCUGAAUUCCACACGAGGAGUCCACUUAAGAGAUUGGCAUUGGUGGGAACAAGUUUCUCUGGAGAGCUACCAAAUUCAAUUGGAAAGCUUGAUUCGUUGAAUGAUUUGGAUAUAGCAGAAUGCAAUUUCUCAGGGUUAAUACCAUCUUCAUUUAGUAAUUUCACACAACUCAUUUAUUUGAACCUUUCUGCCAAUCAUUUUAUGGGCCAUAUACCUUCUUCCUUUGGUAGCCUUACACAGCUUGGCUAUCUUGACCUUUCUUUCAACCAUUUUGUAGGUCAUAUACCAGCUUCAUUCUCAAACCUCACACAAAUCACUGAAUUAUAUUUUUCCGACAAUAAUUUCAAUGGUGAGAACCUGUCAUUGCUUGGUAAGCUAACCAAACUAGUCUUUCUGGAUCUUACUGGGAACAAUUUAAUGUGUGAAAUCCCAUCUUCUUUUGGAAACCUGACCCAACUUCUUGGCCUAUCCUUCCAAUCUAGUCAAAUAACUGGUCGAAUCCCAUCUUGGCUUAUGAAUUUAACCCAAUUAGUAUACCUAUAUCUUCCAUAUAAUUUGUUGCAAGGUUCCAUUCCUGAGUCAAUCUCUGAACUUAAGAAUCUGCAAGAUCUUGAUCUUGGUUUUAACAACCUGAGUGGAACAAUGAAGCUUGAUGUGUUUCUUACCCUGAAAAAUCUUUUUAAUCUUCAGCUAUCAGGUAACCAACUAGCAUUGCUCACGAGUAGCACAACCAAUGCAACUUUUCCAAAUCUUAUACUAUUAGAGUUGGCAUCAUGCAACUUAACUGAGUUCCCAGAAUUUUUGAAAUUUCAAGAUAAGUUGCGGUGGUUAGACCUCAGCAACAACAGAAUUCAAGGCCUCUUGCCUGCAUGGAUAUGGAACAUGAGUACAAAAACUCUGCAAGCCAUUCUCCUUUCUCGAAACUUCAUAGCUGGCUUUCACCAGCCUCCAUUAGUCCUUCCGUGGGGUAGACUGCACAUAUUAGACCUUAGUUCUAACUUGCUGCAAGGAUCACUCCCCGUCCCACCAUCGUCCACCUUUGUUUAUAAUGUCUCAAAUAACCAACUUAGUGGGGAGAUUCAACCUAUAAUCUGCAAUAUGAGUUUUCUUCAUGCCAUGGACUUAUCUUACAACAACUUGAGUGGCAUCAUUCCCCAAUGCUUAGGCAGUUUUGCUGAUUCUCUUUCAUUACUGAAUCUUCGAAGCAAUAACUUGCACGGCUCCAUUCCUCAAACAUACAAGAAAGGAACCAAACUAAGGAUGAUUAACUUGAGCCAAAACCAAUUGCAAGGGCCAGUGCCAAGAUCAUUGAUCAAUUGCUCACUUCUAGAGAGUCUUGAUCUUGGGAGCAAUCAGAUCAAUGAUACUUUCCCCUUUUGGCUAGGAGCACUUCCUGGGUUACAGGUUCUGGUUUUGCGAUCCAAUAGAUUCCAUGGUGCAAUAUGGAACCCUAAACCCGGUUUUGGUUUCCCCAAGUUGCACAUUAUUGACCUCUCUCACAAUGGUUUCGUUGGUAAGUUGCCUUCUGAUUACUUCCAAACGUGGACAGCCAUGAAAACUACUGAUGUUAAUCAUUUGACAUAUAUUGGGGCAAUCAUAGAGUUGAAUUUAUAUGAUGAAAUUGGUGGCAAAGUAUGGCAUGACAAUUAUAGUUACUCGAUGACACUAAUGAACAAAGGCGUGCAAAUAGUGUACUCGAAUAUCCUAAAUAUCUUGGCUGCCAUUGAUCUCUCAAGCAACCGAUUCGAAGGAGAGAUUUCAGAAUCUAUUGGGAUUCUCAAGGGGCUUCACGUGCUCAAUCUUUCCAACAACAGUCUCAUCGGUCACAUCCCAUCUUCAUUUGGGAAUCUAACAGAGCUUGAAUCAUUAGACAUUUCUCAAAAUAAGAUCUCCGGAGAGAUACCCGAGGAACUAACACAACUCACAUUCCUUUCAGUCCUAAAUGCCUCUCAUAAUUAUCUCACAGGGCCUAUUCCACGAGGGAGACAAUUCGAUACAUUUCAAAACAAUUCAUAUGUGGGGAAUUCAGGAUUGUGUGGAGAGCCUUUGUCGAAGAAAUGCGGCAGUUUAGAAGCAUCACCGCCACCUUCAAAUUUUGAGCAAAAUGAGGAUCAUUCAUGGUUUCCAAUUAGUAAAACUGAUUGGAUUGUCAUAUGCAUGGGUUAUGGAGGUGGAUUGGUAGUUGGGUUGAUCAUCGGGCACACUCUGACGACAAGGUAUCAUGAAUGGUUUGUCAGCACCUUCGGAAGGAGGCAACAAAAACAGAGGAGGGGGCGAUGCUUCUAG